AGCAAGACCAAAACACACAGAGCAAUAGACGGAAGGGCAGGGCAGGACUAGAAAGAAAGAGAAAAAGAGCUAGAGAAUGAUGUGAGCCGAGGAAGUAGGAGUGUCUUGGGUUACAGGAGCGUUAAGGCGGUUGGGUUUGUUGGCGAGGAUCGUAGCUGGGAUCUAUUUUUUCCCUCAGUGUCUGUAUCCCUCCUCCCUGCCGUGGACCCCAGGAGAGGUAGGGGCUGGUGGGACAGGGGCGUGGGGUAGCAUGGGACAGAAUGCCAGCAACGCUGAGACAGUGCCCCAGCAACACCAACAGCAACCUGCUCAACACAACACCGAUGAUGAGGUGGACUUGCAGCAGAGUACGACAGGGAGUGAGGGGGGUGACUCAUCAGGUGGAACCCCUCCCUCCAAACGCAAGGGCAAGUUCUCCAGCUUCGGGAAUAUGUUCAAGCCCUGGAAGUGGAGGAAGAAGAAGAGCAGCGAGACCUUUCUGGAAACCUCAAUAGUGUUGGAGAGGAAGAUCUCAGUAAGGAGACCUCGUCAGGAGCUGAUUGACAGAGGAUUGCUGAAAGAACUGCCGGAGAAUGAGGGCAACGACGUGAACCAUUCCAAAGGUCCGGUGGUGAAGAAUGGCCAGCCAGUACCUAUGGAUGUUGACCGGGUCUCAGAGACGGGGAUCAAGGUGUCCCGGGGGGAGGCAGGCCCAGGGCUCAACCCCACCUGGCUACCCCAGGGAGAGGAUCCACGGCGGGGCAGCGUCCCUUCAGACGACCCCCGGAGCAGAAGCCGGGUACCCUCUGACGCCUCGCGCUCCAACCGAGCCCCACUGGACGUAGACUCACACACCAGGCUAUCGGUCAUAGAUCUGGAGAGACGGAGUAGAGUGCCAUCUGACGUGUCAGAGAGGAGAGGAGGGUCACUACCGAGAGGACCUGCUCCCGAGGAGGGGAGGCAACGGAAAGAGGAUAAAGAGGACAAGAGAGAGGAGAGGAGAGAUGGGAAAGAGGACAAGAGAGAGGAGAGGAGAGACAGGAAAGAGGAGAGGACAGACUGGAAAGAGGACAAGAGAGAGGAGAGGAGAGACGGGAAAGAGGACAAGAGAGAGGAGAGGAGAAACGGGAAAGAGGACAAGAGAGAGGAGAGGAGAGACGGGAAAGAGGACAAGAGAGAGGAGAGGAGAAACGGGAAAGAGGACAAGAGAGAGGAGAGGAGAGACGGGAAAGAGGACAAGAGAGAGGAGAGGAGAGACUGGAAAGAGGAGAGGAGAGAGGGGAAAGAGGACAAGAGAGAGGAGAGGAGAGACGGGAAGGAGGAGAGGAGAGACGGGAAGGAGGAGAGGAGAGACGGGAAGGAGGAGAGGAGAGACGGGAAGGAGGAGAGGAGAGGUCCUCGUGAUGAGAGGGAGGAGAGAGACAACAGGGAAAAGAGAGACCGGCGAGAGGAGAGGGAAAGGAGGGACAGAGAUGAUCGAGAGAAGAGCGAAGAGGGGGAGAAGGAGGACAAGGAGAAGAGAGGAGAAAAAGAUGACAGAAGAGAGGGAAAAGAAAGAAGAGAUGAUCGUGAGAAAAGAGACGACAGGAGAGAUGACCGGGGAAGAAAAGAUGACCGGUACAAGAUAAUUGUUUGUGAAAAGGCAGACGAAAGGAGAGAUGAUGGGGAACAAAGGGGGGAGGAGAGCGAUAGGAGGAGGAGUCCUCCUAGGCCUGCUAAACCAGAGACCCUCUUGAGACCUUUUGAAGAGGGUCGUCCUGUGGUCAGACUUCACUCUGAGAUGGAGCUAAGGCAGAGUCUCCAGAAGACCUCCUCAGAGGACCUCCGUAACAGGGUCCGUCCUGCCUCUGAGGCUUACCGCGGGAGCACCCUGCCCAGGUACAUGCCAUCUGAGGAGAUCAAAGGAGGGGAGACCCGCGGACGAGCAGAGUCCACUGGUGUCCGCUUCGCCCCUGGCCACACCCCAGAUCCUGACUCCUCCCGUAGAGAGCCACCUCCUACCAAACAGGCCAUGCUCCCUCCUAAGAGCCAACCCACUUUCACCACCUCCACGGAGCCUGUCCGGACCUCCACCCCACCCUCCUCCUCUACCUCCCCUGCUGUAGCAGUGGCCAAGCCCGCCAGGACUGUCUCCCUGAUCAUCAGUGAUGACCCUCCUCCCACCCACUCCAACCCUGUCCCCCCUGUACGUUCCAGCCAGGUACCCCCUCCUCCACCGCGGGGGAAUCGGCCACUCCUCCCCCCGUACCCCCCCAUGAAGCAGCCACCUGUACCCCCACCCAAACCCACCAACCGCAACAGCAACCCUGCUCUGCUUGUGUCCACAUUGAACAGGGCCUCCAGGGUCCAAGGUCCCCUUUCUCCUCACUACUGUACCAGCUCGAGAAAGCAGGGGGAGCUGGGCCUGUACCUUUCCCUGCCCACCUACCUCCACCGCCGACGGACUGAACAAGCCUGCUCAGCGGAGCUCUCUCAGGCUGGCAGUGGUAUCAUUGUUGUUCCUGCCCCCACCAGACGCUCUCCUCCCACUCCGCCCAAGAGGAUGACCCCCGUCACCAAACACCACUCUGGCAACCCGUCCCCUGAGCCGGAGACCUCGGGCCCCUCUGGUUCUGUCCCAGUCCCCAUACCUACUGUCUCUGUACCCCCCAGCACAGACCGAGACGACACCAGGGACACCCUCAGAGCAGUAGGGUUCCAACUACCCACCUCUGACCCUGCACCAGCACCCCGACCUCUGUCCCAUAUACCCACGUCCACUCCCAGCUCCCACCCCCACUUACAGCUCCCCAACCCUGCCUCCGCACCCCUCCCGGUCCCACUCCCCUUCCCUCAGAAGGACCCUCCCAGCCCCACCACAGAGCCGCCCAGCCACCCCCCAGCUUCAGUCCCAGCCAUUCCCCUUCACAUCCUGAUCCAGCGGGCCCUGUGCUCCCCCAGCCCGGCUCAGGCUAACCCAGAUGGGUCCCAAAGAGCCCACUCCAUGCUGUUUGAGUCCCCCCCAGAGUUCCUCACUGAGGCUGGAGGCCGACGCUCCCUACCAGUCACCAUAGAACCCCUCAGACUACCUGAGGAUGAUGACUUUGACAUGGAGGAGGAGUUGGAGAAGCUUCACCCCAGAAGGAUUCUGCCCCCCAGGCAGCCUGAGCUGGAGCCCAGGAGCAGGAGGGGUCUGGUGGUCGAUCCCAGGGUCAGUGUCAUCCCAGAGGGCCGGGGGCCCGGAGACAGUAGUGAGGAGGAUGAGGAGACAGACUCUGACGGACCCAUCCUCUACAGAGAUGACGAUGAAGACGAGGACGACGAUCCACCAAGUGCCUUGGCCAGCCGUGUGACGAGGAAGGACACCCUGGCCCUGAAGCUGGAGAGAGAAGAGCGGGAGGGAGGAGAGGGACAAGACGGAGUCGGCUGGCAGAGCAGAGAGCAGUGGGAGGCACUCAAGAACAAGAUCGGUACCACGCUCAACAGGAGGUUGAGUCAGAGACCCACAGCAGAGGAGUUGGAGCAGAGAAACAUCCUUCCAGCCAGGAACGAAGCUGAUAUCAGGGCAGAGCGGAGCGAGAUCAAGCGCAGACUCACCAGAAAGCUGUCCCAGAGGCCCACCAUAGCAGAGCUUCAGGCCAGGAAGAUCCUGCGUUUCCAUGAGUACGUAGAGUGUACCACGACUCAAGACUACGACCGCCGUGCUGACAAACCUUGGACUAAGCUCACUCCCUCUGACAAGGCUGCCAUCCGCAAGGAACUGAACGAGUUCAAGAGCUCUGAGAUGGAGGUUCACGAAGAAAGCAGGAUCUAUACCAGAUUCCAUCGGCCUUAGCUGUGCUCCUUGGCCCGGCUGCAGAGCAAGCACUUAAAUGCAAUACUGAGCCGGGGGGUUGCAGGAAUGCAAUACGGAGCACACAGACCCCUGGUGACUGCAAUAUCCACAGCCCCCUGUCCUGCACAAGCCUGUUCCUCUCCUGUAAGGAACACUGUUGAUGGCUACAUCUGAAACCAUGGACUAGAGGUGUAUAGCCUGUCUAAACAUGGACGAGAGGUGUAUAGCCUGUCUAACCAUGGACAAGAGGUAUAGCCUGUCUGUGAACAUGGACUAUGGAUGUGGCCCCUCAGUCUAUCCAGUCAUUGUUAAAACCACAGACUAGAAGUGUGGCCUAUAGAUAAACGACUUGCAUCUAAAACCAUGGACUAGGGAUUUGGCCUCUUGGUCAAACCACUUACUGUUAAAACCAUGGACUAGAGGUGACCUCCAUCGGUCCAACCCCUUGCAUAUGAAUCCAUGGGACUACUGGUACUACUGUACUCCAGCGUUGAUCUGCCUGACCAGACAACCCCACAGGGAGAGCUGGAGAAGAACUAGCUGGACGAGGUUUUGUGGUUUAGGCCUAUUUCAGCUGCCAUUUUGUAGAUUCCCUGUGCCAACACUGACUAUCAGAAUAGGAAGGACAAGAGGGACAGACGGCGAUUGUGACAAAGGAUGUCCUGUUUUGUUCCUCACAUCACCUCCAUUCUUUGUCGUUCCCUAAAGCAAGAAUGUUCCCAAGAGGCCUUUACUGUACCUGGUUUUUAGAGUUCCUUCAACACUUUUCCCUAUUUUUAAUUGUGAACAGAAAAUAAUUGUAUACAUACUGAUUGUUGAUCAUGACGAUGGUCAACAUUAGUACACGGUAGUAUUAAUGAUUUAAUGUUCAACUAAAUGUGAUACAGAACUUUGUUAGACUACAUGACGCUGGUGAAACCCUCAAACGUGUGUUUAUGGGUACCCAAUGGUACCACCCUUAUCUCUAAUGGGACAAUACAUGGAGUGGUACGGAAACUGUACGGAGUAAAUGUGAAGUGGCUAUAGCUAGCCUACAUGUCGGUGAUGGGUUUAGUUGUCCAACCACAAGACAUUUAGUUAAAUUGAAACUCAAAUGUAGUGUCUACUAGUCAGCUAUCUAGCUGUGUUACAUAGACCUUAUUCAGCAUUGCUCCAUUGUCCCCAUACACAAUGAUGUGCAUUUUAACUGUGUUCUGUUGAUUAUCUAAGUGAUUUUGUGACAGCCCAUAAUAUAAGCUGACUAAUCGUUUGUUCAGCGUAGUAAUAAGGAACCAUAUUGUUAAAAUGGACAUUUAAAGUAACAAAAAAAAUAAGGAAGUUGUACAAUUUGAAACGUUAGAACUAAUAUAAUUUAAGACACAACCUAAAGCUUACGUACACUAUAAUUAUUUAACGGUUGGUUUUGAAAGACUGCGGCAGGAACAUGGAUAUAUUUUUACUUCACAUUGUUACUUUGUGUAUGUAGGUCAUUGGUUGGCCUCAGCUGUAUAGACUUAUCCUGUAGAUUGAUUUAAUUGACUUUAUAUUACGUCUUCCUAAUGUUAAAACAAAUUUGUUUUUAAAUGUAAUUAAAGUGUUACAACAGUGCUAUUUUCGAAUAAUGUUACAGAAAUUGGUACCGAAACAGGGUUCCCUUAUUUUACAGAUGUUUGGUUUUUUAUAAAGAGAUCUUUAAAAUGAUUUGCAAACCUACUGUAUAAAUGAAUGGUCAACUCUCACUCAAAUUAAAAUAAAUGGUUUAUCAUCCUAAA